AAAAUAAAAAAUACUUGCCCCAGCUCAACGGCCCUUUCCAAGUUGCAGUUUGGCAUUCAGCUAAACCUCGCUCUUCGAAGUUGAAAGUUCUUGAUAAAAAACCAUGAAACACUUUACAGUCCAAACAUCCUGACUCUGUGACUCGCAUCAACCCAAUAAUCAAUUUUACUCUACGAAGAAGCGAUGUCACUUUCAUUUCGAACCCUUUUCACAAACAAGAAUCCUUCGUCAUUUCCUACCAAUGUUUCGCGAACCCAUUUAUUAAAAUCGCUCAAUUUCGCAUGUUUAAUCCCGAAUUCGAAAAUCCAUUUCCCAAAUUCCCGGAAUUUCCCUACCCACAAUCACCUUCUGUACGUUAGAAAAGUCAAAGCCUCGUUUCAAGAAACGUUGGAAACCGCACCGAAGCAAGAUAAUAUUAAUGGUAACAUCAGUGGUGAGUAUAAUUUCGAUACAUUUCUUUCGAUUCUUGAAUUUAUUUGUCUUGCCUCGUCGGCUGUGAGUUCGAUAUAUAUUGCGGUUAGCUCUGGGACGCAGAAGGGGCUUGUGGGAUGGAUGUGGAACAAGAUUUUGGUGUGGCAGUGUGUGGUUUUGGUAAGUGGAGUGGUGGUUGGAGCCGUGAUAAGGAGGCGGCAAUGGAGUAGGAUUUGUGGGGUUGGGUUCUCGAGGUUAUCAGCUUCCGGGGUUAAUUUGUUGGAGAGGGUGGAGAAAGUGGAAGAGGAUAUGCGAAGCUCUGCGACAAUUAUUCGGGUUUUGUCAAGGCAGCUGGAGAAGCUUGGAAUUCGUUUUCGGGUCAACAGAAAGGCUAUCAAGGAGCCCAUUGCUGAGAGUGCAGCAUUGGCCCAGAAGAAUUCUGAGGCGAUUCGAGCAUUGUCAGUGCACGGAGACAUUCUGGAGAAGGAGCUCAGCGAAAUUCAAAAGGUUCUGCUGGCUAUGCAGGAGUCCUGCUUCCACAAGAGAGUAGUAGGAGGGGGAAGAUCUAAAAAUUAGAAUGAGCAAAGAGUGGCCAGUGGCCACCUUCAAUUUGGAACUAUUGUCUUCUCUUUGAGGUUGACAGACUGCUUGUAUUCUGAUAUUUCACCAAAUGCUUCAUGUUUCGUGCACAUUGAAAGAGUAUUUGCAACUAUAUCUUAAUUAAAGCCAAAAAGGAGAGCUUUUCUUUUUGUCUUUUGUGGUUUAAAGGAAAAAAAGAUAGAACAAGAACGCAAUAGGUUUACCAACCUCACUCAAAUAAUUGAUUCAUACCAUGGAGCCAACUCUCUUGGAUAGUUUGUUUUCUAUUAUGUCAAUGCCAUUUGAAUCGAUGUUAUUAGCUGUGAAUUCGAACUUUAUGGUAUUUUCCGUUUCAUAUUUUUGACAGGCAUUUGUGUGAAAUGUUGGCAGUCAAAGAUGUAAACUGGAAGAUAGAUUCAUUUAGAGACACAUAUGAUCAACAGACAUUCUUCUUUUAUCUUGAUUAGUCUAACCAUCCAGGGGUAGGGGGCAGAGGGAAUUGUAUAAAUAAUUAGAACAAUCUAACUACAAGUGGAUUAUCUUGAACUGAGUUUAUAAUUUUUCAGAGAGAUUCUGUGUUUUUUGGCAAGAAAGCUCUGCUCUAUGUCACUUGUUGUCUAAUAGAUAACCGUGCCAGUAAACUGUCUGGCAAGUUUGUGCCUAGACAUUUUUUAUGUUACCGUGUGGCUUGCCUGGGUAAUUUGUCAAAGAUAUCUCUUUUUGAUCUGCUCUUCUUUGUGCAUUUGUUAGCACAUAGCAAAUAAUCGUUCUUUGUUUGCUAGUCUUAU